AUGGCUUUCAAGACCAUUUUGUUCCCAUUUCUUUGCUUUUUGGUUUCUUCUACCGCCGAACAGAACUGUAGCGAGUAUCAGUGCAGUCUUGUUCCGGUUGGAGAAGACUUAUCAUCUGAAUUUCAACUCAAGGCGUCUGAAAAAGGAGUAAAAUUAGUUUACUUGCAAGUGAAAAUAAUCGGCAACGACAGCUAUGGUCCUCUGAAUGUCCCAGACGAGUUUUUGCCAGAUUGGUGGGUCUAUACCAGAUCCAUUAGUGAACCCAUGUUGUCUUUACCUUACGACUACGAUGCAUUGUCUCUAGGACUUUUAAACUACCAAGUAAGAAGUAUGACAGUGCCUUUGAUAGAAAAUCCUGCUGGAUGCCUCGGAGCUUUGAACUCGUCGUGUCAAAACAAAGCGAUCGGGAGAGCGCUUUUAAAAAAUGUCACAAGAACCAGUCACAAAGUAGGUGAAGUAGAUGUUGUAUGUGUACAAGUCAUUAAAUAUUACACCUAUUUUCAGCUUUUGUACCAUGAAGACAACCUCGAGUACGAUUGUUGUAUCAGAGAGAAAAACUCUGUGGAAAUUCGUUGCAACCAGUCUGCUAGAACCACCGUCUGGCUCGAGGCAUUUAAUGUGGUUCUUCUCAUAUUGCAAGGAGUCUUGAUGUUGUGUUUCCCCGGAUUUCCCCGUGCCCUGCCUGGCUUCAUUAUUAAUCUUCAAGAAGAACUAGAGAAAGAAAAACAAGAGGAGAAAGUACUUGAAAAUGAGCUUGAUAGCAAUAAUCAAGGACAAGAACUGACCGAGGACCAACGAUUUCGAGAUCAUUACCAGCGAGACAGCAGUACUGAAGGUGAUCAAAACCUUUCUGAAACUGAAAUUUUAGUUCACAGCUAUGAUGGAAGAACACAUACAUGUACAAACAGUAGUCCAGUUAGAAGUGAAGGCGAAUCGCAUGAUGGUGAUAAUCAAGGACAAGUACAAGGUGGAGUUUGUGGUCAUAAUCGGCGAGACAGCAGUACGGGAGGUGAUCACCAACACCCUUCAGAAGAAAAGUCAGUUUACAUGGAUGAUGCAAGUCCAAUCACCUUUUGCAAUCUGUUGAAAAAAACUUUUAUCAAAUAUUCUGGGUGCUUACAAUAUCUUAAGUUUCCCUUCAAUAUCAAGCUGGCUUUACUUGUAAUCGUUAUAGCCCCAUUUUUUUUCUAUGUGAGGAUAAUAUUAGCUUUAACAAUAAAACGAAGAGUUUUCGAUGAAUCUGCAGAAAAGAAUGACGCUUUUCUAGACGGAUUGCAAUUGUUUUCAUUGCAUUUUUUUCACUUAAAUUCGUCUCUUGAUAUCACUAUUUUGGUACUGUUAAGUGUUGUUCCAUUUCUAGCUGUUUUUUUCUUGCGUCCUCAGGACUUUAUGAUCGACAAGGAAUCUUUUGAGGAAUUAGAAUGUCUGGGUGUUUGUAUAGAACAUUCCUCUUCAGUGGGAGAAGAUAUGCGAAGGCACAUAGAAAACUGGCGGCUAAAUUUUAAGUGGUUUGUGAUCCGCAUAAUUGAAACACACAGUUAUGUGAUUACCAGGGCUAUAACUGCUAUAAAAUGCACAGCAUGUGUCAGACACAUCAAGUCAUCUGAGAGACUCAAAAGAACCAUUAUAAAUGCUUUUUGUCUUUUGCCUUCUUAUAUUUUUAUUUUUUUGUUUUUUGGCGUGAUAUUAGGACUAGUGGGCUUUGUUAUUUUACUGGUGGGGUUUAUAGUUAUUAGUGUGUUGUAUUCACCGUUGGCUUGUGUUUUAAAAAUUGCGUAUCUUAAAUUAUUAAGUGCUUAUAUGUCAGGUGCCAAAUCCUCUUUUGAGUGCAUUAGAUGUAAAACGUCAAUACAGCAAUCCGUUUUGUUUCAUAUCUCAGCUGUAGUCUCAACAGUCUUUUAUUUCUUUAUUAGUUUUCCUUUGGCUUUUCUCAUUUUUUUUCUUGCAUACUGGGUGACACUUCCCUGCUUUUUAGCUUCAAAAUACCGGGGUUUUCUG